UAGAGACAAGGAUGCAGCACAGCUGCAGAUAAAGCCACAUAGAGCUUACCAGAAUCACUGCCGGGGUAAUAUGCGUAAAAUAUCCACCAGGUGGCUAUUGUCUUGUAAACAAAGUGGCUAGCUAGUGUGAGCGAAGGCUGUCGUCAAAUCAGCUGAAACGGUGGACCUUGAUCGGUGCAUAUUUUACUGCGUUUAGACCGUAGAGCCUGCGAAUGUCCUCCUAGCAUAAGUAGCUACUCCAUCUGUUUUUAGCCCUGUCUGGUGGACGUGGACUGAGCAUUGAGCUUGAAGGUGGAUCUACGACUGCUACAUGCGAGAAAUGUAGCAUGUAGUCUAUAAGGGCAAGGACGAAAAAGUGUGAGGCAUAGGCCGAUUGUCCCACAGUUUUCUGCUGGGCCUGGUCUGGAGCGUGUGGAUGUUUGCAUGGCCCUGCAUGCCCAAGUGCACAUUUAGCCCUUUGGCCAGAUGGAGAAGAUCGAGAGGAAGCCAGGGUAUUUUGCGAGGCUGAAGAGGCGUAAGCAACUCAAACAGCUGGAGAAAACUGUAAAUGACCAGAAACCUUCCCUCAUCUCCUGUCCUGAUAUGACCAAUGGCACAAACCAAAACAAAAUGGCAGAACCACAGAUGAUAUCCGAAAAGCCACCGGCAUGCUCAAAUGGUGGCAAUAAAACUAAUGAGUCAAAGUGGGAGAAGAGAAGGCCUCCUGGAACUGUGGAGUUUAUUGUUGGACCAAAUGAUUCCCUAAACAGUAUCGCUCUCAAGUUUAACAUCACGCCAAACAAACUGGUCCAGUUAAAUAAACUGUUCUCUCGUAGUGUUUAUCCUGGUCAGAAAUUAUUUGUUCCUGAUCUGAGCCAGUUGGACCAAAACUCAUCAAAUGACUUGACUGAAAAAUCACAAGAUGGCCUCACAGACUGCAGGACGGUUAACUCCAUCCGGCGAGAACUUUCCCCAAAUUCAGAAGAUGAGAGCCCAGCGACUGUUAAAUUUAUCAAAAUGAGCUGCAAAUAUUUCACAGAUGGCAUGGGAGUGGUGGGUGGUGUCCUGAUUGUGACCCCCAACAACAUUAUGUUCGACCCUCAUAAGUCGGACCCCCUGGUGAUCGAGCACGGCUGUGAGGAGUACGGUCUGAUCUGCCCCAUGGACGAGGUGGUCUCUGUGGCCUUGUACAAUGAUGUGUCCCGCAUGAGGCUCAAGGAUGUCCUGCCAUCGGACCGACCUGAGGAUCUUUGUCCCGUAUACAGGCCUGGGGAAUGGGAGCAGCUUCCUUCAGAACAGGACUUGAACCCCUUUAGUCGCUACGAAGCUCAGAAUCCAAAGAGACCUAUUGUUUUGGACGACAUCGAUUCAACCCUAUCAGAAACUGUUAAUACAGUCAUGGAUCAAACUGAGAAGACCCCAUCGGAUGAAGGAUUCACAGAGUUGGAGCCUACUGUAAAUGGCAGCACUGAGGAUGGAGAAGGGACAUCUAUAACUCUAAACAAAGGCGAAGAUCAGAAUGAGCCCCGAGGACAGAUCACCUCAACUAUCCAGGACAAACCAGUAAAUUGUGGAACCAAAGGGAAGUUAGACGAAGAAGACGACGAUGAAGGGGUUGCUCAGAACAGCUCCAUUGAGGAUGGAUCAAUCCAAUCUUUAUCAGAGACUCUAAAAAAGGUUGAGAAAUGUGAGAGUCAACAAGUUACUGAAGCCAAAGAUGUCAAAUCUGUGGACCAUGAAAAGCUUGAUUCUGUGAAGGAAGUUGAAGAGAAUAUGGCAGACCAAAAAACAAUUUCUACUAAAGGGGAACUGUCAAAUGUUCAAGAAAUGAGUCCAAAAUCGUUAGAAAGAACAGAGGAAGUAGCAAGCAAGCCAGUAGAAGGAAAUGAACUCAGUGAGGAGGAGAAACGGAAGAAAAACUAUGAAGCAGAGGUGAAGUCGUGGCUGCUACAGAGGAUGCAGGCCCCAAUUGAAGGCAUGCUUCUGUCAUCCGAGGAGAAGAGUAAAAAUCCACCCAUGUUUCUGUGCUUUAAAGUGGGAAAGCCAAUGAGGAAGUCCUUUACUAGUGGAUUAACCUCAAGCCCUGCCCACACAUUGGGAGGCUGGGGAAGACAACCAGAAUAUUGGUUUGCUGUGCCUCAAGAAAGGGUAGACCACUUGUACUCAUUCUUUGUGCAGUGGUCUGAUGUCUAUGGUAAAGAGGCCCGGGAGCAGGGCUUUGUUUUGGUGGAGAAGGAUGAACUGGAUAUGAUUGACAACUUCUUUGGUGACCCUGCUUCUUGUAGCUGGGAGAUAAUCACCAUUAAUGAGGCCAAGCGUAGGCAGAGUUUCGGAAGCUGUGAUGCUGACUCCGUGGAUGUGCUGCCUUUACUCACAGACAGCAGUGACCUAUUGGAAGACACCCACAUUGAGAAACUCGCCUGCCGUUUACCAGCUCGGGUGCAAGGUUACCCUUGGAGACUGGCCUAUAGCACUGUGAAACAUGGGACAAGCCUAAAGACACUAUACAGAAGCCUAUUGGAUGUGGACAGUCCAGUGUUACUAGUCAUCAAAGAUAUGGAUCACCAAAUAUUUGGAGCUUUCUCGACACAUCCAUUUAGAGUUACUGACAGCUUCUAUGGCACUGGAGAAACGUUCCUCUACAGCUUUUGCCCUGAAAUCAAGGUGUAUCGCUGGACUGGAGAGAACUCUUAUUUCGUCAAAGGGAAUAUUGACUCUCUGCAGAUGGGAGGAGGAAGUGGGCAGCUUGGUUUGUGGCUGGAUGCUGAACUGUACCGGGGCACGACCACUAAGUGUGCAACCUUUAACAACCCACCACUUUCCACUCAACAAGACUUCAACAUCCACAGCCUGGAGGUCUGGACUUUUGAGUAGCAUCAAUACAGGUCUUACCCGCAAGUUUCAACAUCACUGGAUCUAUUCUUAUACCACAUGGAGCCAACCACAUUAUCUCAAAAUACACCUGCUAUUCUGUGAGAAAAUGUGACUGUGUAAAUGUAGGCUUGUGCAUUUUGAAAGGUAAGAUGAUUCAGGCUUUGCUGGAAAAAAUGUAAGAUUCUGAAGUGGGCCUAAUCUACAUGUAAAUUGAGAUUUUUAGACUGCUGUUAAAGAUGUGAGAAAAUGACGCUGUCCUCACAUUGUAUUGACUGCCUUAACUUUCACCACUAGCUGUCCCAGCAUGCAGACCGCCUUAUUAUUUACCUGUUAAAAGAUUACCAUUCUUUAGGGCCAAAAGGGAAACACUGAGGCCAGUCUGCAUUUGUUACUGAUAAGGGUAAAAUCUUUGUAAAUACCAAAUUAUAUAUAAGCUGUCCAACAAGCUGUGUGUUCAUGUAUAGACACUAUUGUUUAUAUAAUUUGUAUGUUCAAAUUGUACAGAAUUGAUAUCCAAACUUUGGAAGUUGGAGAGGUGCAUUGUUUUGCUUUACUAUACAACAAAUUUAAAACUUGAAGCUCUGAGCAUUCACAUCCAAUUAGUUUGAUAUUUUGGAAUUGUUUACAUUAAAAUCCUCCCUUUUAAGGAUAUUUAUGUUCCUCCAAAGGCAUUGGGGCAUCCAGAGUGUCUAAGCAGAUUGUUAAUGACUGAGUGAGUUGCAGAUGUGCUCUUUCAAGUUUUUAUUUUUAUUAGAUUGUAUUUUUACAUUCCGUUUUUACAAAGAGUGUUCAGUUUUUUUAUGGUCUUACUUUUAUGAAAAUGUGAAAUGCAUUUAGAUUUUGAACUAGUUGGCGCCACUCAACAAGCACUACACUUAAGUAUUAUGUCAAAAUUACACUUCAUCUUUCCAUUUUGUAGUUAAUAUUGUUCAAAGGUGCAGCCAAUUUUAGAUUUAUUGUGUCACUUGCACUAAAGGGUUUUUGACCUUUCCUUCCUGAAGCCCUUAUUUCAAUCAUUUUUUGUUAAAUUAUUUUCACUGAAUGUUGUUCACUAACACGAGGGAGACUUGACAACCACACCUUGGCUUAUUGAGUUUACUUUUUGGGCUGUUGUUAUUUUAUGCCAGGCUAGAACUUAUUUUAAUGGGAUACUUACACAAACUUUGUGUGCAUGAAAACAAUACUGCCGAUACUAUUAUCAUACAUGCCAUACUAUUUACUCAUUACUUCAUGUUAAACUGAUCUUUGUUGUUGUGGCUAUUAAAUGUUGUGACUGUGAAUGCUCUCAAAGUAUUACCUGUAAAUCCAUAAUUGGUGUGAUUUAUCACCAAGAAUCUAUUUAUUGUGUGUUACUGCAACCACAUUUAAGCCAAAUAAAUGGUAAUUAUAACGCA